AUGGGUACAGGUGACACUAUGACGCGGAGUUCUGGUGGUUCUCCCUCUCUAGUAUUAAUCCGGGAGGCCAACGAUGAUUUCUACAAGGUGAUGCAAAUUCGGUUUGAGCAACUUCAUGCUAGUGAUUCUAAACACCGUCCUACACUUCCUCUGAAGCGUAAUGGAGAGGUUAAUGCGACUGAAAUGCGUCUUCAACUCCGUGAGAUGGGUCAUACUGGGGCUUGUGUGUCAUGCAAAGCUGAUUCUACCGCUAAGUCCUGCUGCACUAAUACUCGUCGCGCCAAGUAUGAUUACUUUGAGUACUUCUCCUAG